GCUGCUUGUCGGGACACUUGAACAAACGUUCAAUGUACCCUAGACGGGGGAGAGGCAAUCGAAGUGCGAUGGAAAUACAGCUAAAGACUUUAUUACCUGACAAAAUGGCACAUAAGCAUCGCGUAUCGGGCUCGGAAGAUGAUUCAUCACCACUAAUGGACGAAGAGGCCUUGUCGUCCUCCUCUCACGAUUCGUUACCAAUACAUACCGGCGAACAAAGGCGAGCUGCGCCAUCGAAACAUAGAACCUGGAUCAAGCGGCUGAUUACAGGAAGUGGUCCUUCUAAAACCCCGAGAACCAUACCUCUUGCUGGAAAUGUACCUAGCGAAAAAUACCCUCCCAACGUCAUCAAGAAUCAAAAAUACAAUGUGGUCACGUUCUUACCUAUAGUCCUAUAUGAGCAGUUCAAGUUCUUUUUUAAUUUAUACUUCUUGCUCGUCGCUCUAUCGCAGUUCAUUCCUGCCUUGAAAAUUGGAUAUCUUUUUACAUACUUUGCCCCGCUCUCGUUUGUUUUGGUAGUUACCAUUGGAAAGGAAGCCUGGGAUGACUGGAAGCGGUAUAAACGAGAUCAAGAAGCAAAUUCCCAAGUAUACCAAAAGCUUACGAGCUCGGGAUACCAGGGCACUCCCAGCUCUGAAAUCAAAGUAGGAGAUCUAGUAUUGAUAGAGAAAAACCAGAGGGUUCCCGCUGAUUGCAUACUAUUGCGAACCACAGAGUCCGGCGGGGCAUGCUUCAUUCGCACUGAUCAGCUUGACGGGGAAACUGACUGGAAGUUAAGAAUAGCAGUACCAUAUACCCAGAAGCUUGCAAACGACCAAGCGCUGUUGCGCUUACGUGCAUUUGUUUAUGCUGAAAAGCCUCACAAAGAUAUUCACACCUUUGUGGGAAACCUUAGUGUCGAAACCCCUACGGGAGAUCAGGUAGAACCGCUCAGCGUCGAGAACACCCUUUGGACCAACACAGUAGUUGCCUCGGGCCAGGCUAUUGCAAUGGUUAUGUACACUGGCGUCGACACCCGCGCAGUGAUGAACACAAGUUUUCCCAGCACAAAAGUAGGGCAGCUUGAUCUCGAGAUCAAUCGACUCUCCAAAAUUCUAGCCGCAGUAACAUUCGUGCUCUCGAUCACCAUGGUUGCAUUGAAUGGAUUCCGAGGUUUAUGGUAUAUCUAUAUGUUCCGUUUCCUCAUUUUGUUCUCUUCGAUCAUUCCCAUCAGCUUGAGAGUCAACCUAGACAUGGGGAAAACGGUGUAUUCUAUGCAGAUCAUGCGAGAUAACAGUAUACCAGACACAGUUGUUCGAACAAGUACGAUUCCGGAGGAGCUAGGUCGAAUAGGAUACCUUUUGACUGACAAAACUGGCACUCUCACGAAGAAUGAUAUGGAACUUAAGCGUCUGCACAUGGGAACAAUGUCUUAUGGGGGCGAAUCAAUGGAGGAUGUACGCGGGCUUGUGCAAACUGCAUAUAGCGCCCGUCAAGGUACGGAAGGUUCCGCAUUCCGCUUUAAGCGUGCUCGCGAUAUCGCCUCUCGAGUUCGAGAUAUAGUGCAGGCCCUUGCACUUUGCCACAAUGUGACUCCUGUGAUUGCGGAUGACGGUGAAAUAACCUAUCAGGCCUCAUCCCCAGACGAGGUAGCAAUUGUAAAGUGGACCGAAUCAAUUGGCCUGACGCUUUACUUUCGGGACCGCAAUGUCAUACGCAUUCGCACACCUGAUGGUCAGAUGCUGGAUUUCCAAAUCAUUGAACUAUUUCCGUUCACGUCCGAAACAAAGCGCAUGGGCAUUAUUGUCAAGGAUACAGCGACCGGCGAGAUCUUUUUUUACCAGAAAGGCGCCGAUGCUAUUAUGAGCAAGAUAGUGCAGUAUAAUGACUGGUUGGACGAAGAAUGUGGAAAUAUGGCAAGGGAGGGCCUGCGGACGUUGGUGAUUGGAAGGAAACGGCUCUCAGAAGAAGCACUCCGGGAAUUUCAGAGGAGGUAUUCUGAGGCUAAAAUUAGCGUGGGUGACCGAAACAAUAUUAUGCAGCAAGUCGUUUCAGAAACGUUGGAGUGCGACUUGGAGCUUUUAGGGUUGACUGGAGUUGAGGAUAAACUGCAGGAUGGCGUGAAGACAACAUUGGAGCUUUUGCGAAAUGCUGGCCUUCGAGUCUGGAUGCUUACAGGUGAUAAAAUCGAAACUGCCACCUGCAUCGCCGUGUCUUGCAAGCUCGUUUCACGCAAUCAAGCCAUUCACCAGAUCGCUAAAAUGACCAAUUCUAUGGAGGCCAUGGAAGAAUUAAGUCUCCUUCAAGGAAAGACUGAUUGCUGCCUGGUAAUCGAUGGAGAGUCCCUACAUACUUACUUGGAUCGCCACCACCUUGAGUUCAUCCAAGUCGCUAUUCGCUUGCCGGCCGUCGUCUGUUGUCGCUGCUCGCCAACGCAGAAAGCGGAAAUAACGAAACUUAUCAAGAAGUAUACUGGCCAGCGCACAUGCGCUAUCGGAGACGGAGGCAACGAUGUAUCAAUGAUCCAGGCAGCGCACGUGGGAGUGGGAAUAGUUGGCAAGGAGGGGAAACAGGCGUCACUGGCCGCCGAUUUCUCAGUGACUCAGUUCAGCCAUUUGACUCGACUACUACUAUGGCACGGGCGAAAUAGCUAUAAGCGGUCGGCCAAAUUGAGCCAAUUCGUUAUACAUCGGGGUCUGAUUAUAUCCAUUAUGCAAGCCGUAUUCUCAGCCAUUUUCUAUUUCGCUCCAAUUGCGCUAUACCAGGGCCUUCUGCUUGUUGGAUACGCGACGGUCUUUACCAUGGCACCCGUCUUCUCCUUGGUGCUUGACAAGGACGUCAGUGAAGACACUGCGUUGCUAUAUCCUGAGCUCUAUAAGGAAUUGCGGAAGGGUCGCUCGUUGUCGUUCAAAACUUUUUUCAUUUGGCUUACGAUUAGCGUGUAUCAAGGCGGUGUAAUUAUGAUGCUUGCUACUUGGCUGUUCGAGGACGAGUUCAUCAACAUCGUAUCAAUUUCUUUUACGGCACUUAUUUUUAAUGAGCUGCUAAUGGUUGCCUUAGAGAUCAACACCUGGCACCCUUACAUGGUAUAUUCUGAGGUCAUAACGGUAGCACUGUACAUAUCGUCUAUGUGGGUGCUGAAGACAGAUUUCGAUCUGACAUUUAUUCUCACCACUACAUUUAUUUGGAAAACCGCUGUGAUAACCGCUGUGAGCAGCUUUCCACUGUACAUAUUGAAGUUCCUGAAGUGGAGGUGGAAUCCGCCUAGUUAUACAAAACUUGCAGGAUAACUGUGUCGAUUGAUGGUCAUUUACAAAAUUUACAAAUUAUUACACUUUCUAACUUGCCGCUGCUCGCAAAUAAUAAA